AUGAACGUGACCAGCCUGCUGCAUUUUGAGUCCAUGAAGUAUAUGGGCGCCCAGACGCAGGCGGCGGCCAUAAAUCAGCAUGUGGCCCAGGCACUUCGUGUCUUCAUCGAGGACUUCUACCAGCGAAUGGCACCCGCCUUCAUCGUAAUCCUCUCCUGCCGGCGACCCAGUCCGAUGAACUUCUACCGCAACAUCAUGCAGCUGCUCUACGAGAGCGUGGACACCAUGAUCAUCCAAUUGGUCCUGGUCGAGUCCGCUCGUCCGCGUCGCAUCGAAGGACCAAGAACGCACAAUCUGCUGCUGGUGGACUCGCUGCAGGCACUGCUGGACAUCGAUAUACACACGUACACGGCGCAGUCGGAUGCCAGCGAGUACUACUUCAUCUUCCUGCAGCAAAGGGAUGCCCUGAUUCCGCAGGACAUGCAGGGUGUUUUCGCGUACUGCUGGCGCCACCAGCUGAUCAAUUGCAACGUGAUGACGCAGAGUUCCGGGGGUCAGGUGCUGCUCCACACGUACUUCCCCUAUGCAGCUGGCGAGUGCAACGAUUCCCGGCCCACUCAGAUCAACCAGUUCCUGGGUGAGUCCUGGCAGCAUAGCGACUACUUUCCCUCCAAGUUGCACAAUCUCCACGGAUGCCCUUUGGUUGUCCUGGCCCGGCGGGUGUCGCCCUUUUUCGAUCUGGAUGAGGGGCAGCGGGAGCUCCGGGGUCUGGAGGGACGACUGCUGCAGGAACUGUCACGAAGGAUGAACUUUAGCAUUCGGUUCGAGGGUCUCAGGGAUCAGCAGGAGAAUCGCACUACCUGGUCGGAGAUGCAAAUGCUCCAGAAGUUGGUCCAAGGUGGCCUGGCCGACCUGGCGAUUGGUUAUGUGAGGAAGCGCAUCCAGUACUCCACCAACCUGACGCCCGUGUUCCCGCACUACUCGAACCGCCUGGUGGGAUGUCUGCUGCUCAAUGCCCACAACCUGACCAGCCUGGAGAUCUGGUCGUUUCCGUUCCAGGCCUUGACGUGGCUCUGUCUGUUGCUCUUCGCCAGCUGGCUGUGCUUCGGCCUGGUCGUGAGGGCCAUGUACUCGGCCCUGCUGUUCCUGAUCCUACGGUAUCAUCUGCACCAGCGUCUGCCGGACAGUCUGCAGGACCUGGCCGAGGGGGGCUAUGCGGCGGUGAUGACUCGCAUAACCUGGCAGGAUCUAAGGGAGGUGCCCAGUUUGCAGGAGCUGCUGGGUCUCCGAUCGCUGGUCGUGUCCUCCGAACGGGAGGAGGAGGUGCUGCGCCAGCUGGACAGGUGCUCGCUGGCCGGCUCACAUCCCCUCUUCUUUGGCCUGCUCUCCCAGGACACCCUGCUGCAUCUCACCCAGCGCGGUCAUCGGGCGGGCUCGUAUCACAUUGUACCGCAGCACGUGCUCGAGCAGCAGCUGGCCAUCUACCUGCAGAAGCACUCGCAUCUGGUGGCGCACCUGGACCACCUGGUCAUGUCCAUUCGGUCCGUGGGCCUGCUCCAUCACUGGGCCGGCGAGGUGGCCAGCGAGCGGUACUUCCGCAGCCGGUUCCUCUACCGCGAGAAGCGCAUCCAGCAGCCGGAUCUGUGGGCCAUCUACCUCCUGGCUGCCGGACUCUAUCUCCUUUCGCUGGUCGUCUUUGUCUGCGAACUCCUGACCGCCAGACGAACUGCAAACGGAAGGCUCUGAAAAUAUUUAUCGACCUCUCCAUAAAUAGAUUACAAAAAUUUAAAUAAAAUGUUUGAAUGUUUGAAUGUUUGAAGAGUGCAUAUAAUCACUGGACAGUUGCUUCUAUAAGAAAUAAAAUCUGGACAAAAUUGUGUGUAUUUUAAUAAUUAGCUUAUAUAAUCUUCAGAAGAAAUGUUUGUGGAAUAUUUUACAAAUUUUGAUAAUUCAUUUCAACAUCUAAGUUAAGUUUUUAAUAAAAUUAAAAUUCAGU